AGCAACACCAGCUCCCGCUCUCUGUAUGUAUUCAUGUAUUCAGCGUCUUUCGUCAAGUCACACACUCUCACCAAAGCUACUUGGUCGUCAUGCUUAUCGGCGUGUGCGGAGGAAUAUGCGCCGGCAAGUCCUCGAUAGCCUCCUAUCUCGUUGAGGAGCACAACUUCACACGGAUACGUUUAGCACGAGCUGUUGCGACACCGGCAGUAGAGAAAUCAGCGUCCGACGCACAUGUCCCUUCUGCUGAGCCGGGCCCCACCGAGUCGCAACACACGUUUCCUGAUGUUGAUGCUUUACUCGACUUUGUCACACUGAGAUGGAGAGAGCGAUGGGUCACAACAGACAUAUGGGAUGACAAAGUAGUCGAUGCACUGCUGAGACGGCCAUUCUUCCUUCUCGUUAGCGUAGACGCGCCCGUGAGCGUACGAUGGCAGCGAUUUAAAGACCGCUGUGCUGCGAACCAACUCACUCCGCCUACGCUCGAGGACUUCGUUCUGCGCAACGACGCACACUUGUUCGCACCCGGCACUGGCCUUAGCGCCUUGUUCCAACGCGCACAGCUGAAGUUGUUGAACUCAUCCACAUCCAUCGCCUCGUUACGCGAUGCCAUACGCUCACUAGACCUCACCAACGAAGCGCGCCUGCGCCCGAGUUGGGACCAAUACUUUAUGCAGUUGGCAGAUUUGGCAGCGCACAGGAGCAAUUGCAUGAAGAGGAGGGUUGGCUGUUGCAUAGUCCGCGGAAAGCGUGUAAUCAGCACAGGCUACAACGGUACACCGCGAGGCAUGACCAAUUGCAACGAAGGUGGAUGCCCUCGCUGCAACAAUGCUGCAAAAGGCGGCGCCGGCCUCUCUACCUGUCUUUGUCUCCACGCCGAAGAAAACGCCCUCCUCGAAGCGGGCCGCGAUCGCAUCGGCGAGAAUGCCACCCUGUACUGCAACACCUGCCCAUGCCUGACCUGCAGUGUCAAAAUCGCUCAAGUUGGCAUAAGCGAAGUCGUCUACAACCAAGGCUAUAUGGUCGAUACCAAGACGGCGGAAAUUUUCGCUGAGAGCGGGGUGCGGUUACGACAGUUUUCCCCACCGACAGGGGGAUUGGUCGACCUCUCGCUCGGUGUAGCUUUAGGGACGAGUGACAAGAGCAAAGUUGACGAUGUGCGCGCAGUAUUUGAGGACGACAAGUUCGUGCGGCCACUGAGAUACUGGAGAUAGAUUGUAUCAGAACACAUUAUGUCGGCAAUUAAAGAAAGCUACACACGACGUCCACAAGACCACCGAAUUCGAGCCCGAAGAACCGACCAUUAUACUGCAUUUCUCCAAGUUUACAUCUGAGUUCCUCUCUCCGUUUGGAUUAAAUCCUGUAGCCCUCCCAACGCCAUCUACCCUACUACCUCCCCACUAACCCUAACCCUCUUCUCCCCCUUCCUCUUCUUCAACGCCCCCUUCCCAAAGUAUCUCAAAAACCCCAACUUGGCCGUCCACCCACCUACCCCCAACCCCGUCCUUAUUCUCUGCCCUUUACUAAAGUCAUUCUCCGGCCAAACCUCCUUCCUCCCCAGCUGCUUAUCCAACACGCCCGUCGGC